AUGAAGGCGCCGCGAUCUGAAGAGGGGAUGGAAUGGAAAGGUGAUGGUGUGGUGGCAAGACCGGUGGGGGCCAACGAGGAGGCGAGCUAUGAUGAGAAGCUCGGAGCUGGAGCAGCGCAGGGGCCCGACUGCUUCGAGCAGAAGCAGCAGCAGCAGCAGCCGCCCUCUGCACUGCGAAGCCCAACCAACACUCUCUUUUUGGUGGCUGCGCCGCGUCGAGCCCCAACAAGCGUUGCCGCAGCGCAGAGUACCCCGCCCCGGUCCGAUAAGGGCUAUCAGGCGGCAGAUGGCCGGCGACGAGCUGAUGAGGCUAUGGCCAUGCCGACGUUGGCCGUCUCAGCUAUCUAUGAUCCAACACAGAUUGUGGAGACACGACUAGAUCGGCUUGCGGUCGACCCGCUUUGGAACAGAUCUCCACCGCUUUCGGGACGGUGGGGGUCGGUACGGUCCACGGCUUGCCGCCACUUUUGUGAGGCUGCUGCUGCUGCCCCUGCUGCUUUCGUCGAUAUGCCGACACUUUCCGAGCCUCUUGACGCUCUAGCCGUGAUCUCGCUCAUGCUACACUUUGCUCAUCAGGCGGCGACACUUGCACGCUCUAGUGAGCGAGCGAUGCUGGUCAAAAGCGGGUCAGUGCGUCUGGUGGCGUGGAGGCAUCGACGCAUCGAUAGCAGCUCUUGGGAUCGCGAAAUCCCUCGGCCGCCUCCACCCCCACCCGUUUCCGAAGGUCCCGCUGCGCAGAAAGGCUGCGCAAGUUCGAAAAGCCACCACCGCGUUUUUUACCCAAAAUUUCGAGCAGACUUGGACGGCCCUCCCAGCCAAGCGCCACGCAAGAGUAUGACGGCCGCUGCAGCUUCGGGGCGUGGGCCGAGCUCCCUCCUCGUUCCUCAUCCUCCCGAGGUUGGUGAGGUGGGCAGCGCAGCCAUCGAAUCGGAUCAGCCGUCCAUCAGCAGCAUCGCUCAGCUAACACACCCGCGACCCACAUCCAUCUGCACCGGAGGACCCGUUUUCAGGACAUCGCGCACGGCCGAGCUUGUUUCUUUGGAGUCGCACUCUUUCGCUUCCAGCACACGACAAGGGACCGGUCUCGGCACAAUUCACCGCCUCAUCACACUUGCACACCACAUCUCCGGCAUUUGUAUCCUGCCUUCUCACUGCUACAUUCUGCAAACAAGCUUCUCAAACAUGCAGGCAUCGGGCGUGUUUAGAGCGGCUGCGCAGUGCAGCCGGUCGGCAACCGCAAGAAGAGCGCCGGCCAUGGCAACAGCACGCAUCCAGCACAGCACAUAUUCAGCAUCGAUCUGGUCACGGUCGGCAUCAAGAUCGUCGAGCCCAGCGCUAGCUACUGCAUUUUAUUCAUCUCCGCUGUCGAGACGGCGCGAACUUCUAGCUGGUGCCCUCCGCACGCUGCAUCAAACCAAUGCGCUCGCCGAGUCGCGCAAGUCUACACCACCAUCCGCAUCUCAGCCGGUCAAGUCGGUGCCACCGACAAUAAAGACCGCGUCGACGGAGCUCAACAAGCAGAGCGACACCGAGACGGCGGUGACGGACGCGAAACCGACUAAGUCGAUCACAGAGCGCGCCAAGGAGUUGUGGGCGACGGCCAAGUACCUGUUCAAGUUCUACUUUAACGGUGUCAAGCAGAUCUGGGCGAACCGCAAGGCGGUGCAGGUGGUGCAGCAGAGGGUGGCGACGGGAGGAUCGGCGCUGACGCGCGAAGAGUCGCAGUUGAUACGCACGCAUCAGGCCGACAUGCGCAAGCUGCCGCUCUUCCUGUUCAUCCUGCUCAUCCUCGAGGAGGCGUUGCCGCUCGUCGUCAUCUGGGCACCGUCGCUGCUGCCCUCGACAUGCAUCCUGCCCAACCAGCUCACCAAGAUCCGCAUGGGCGACGAGGUCAAGCGCGCCGACGCGGUCAAGCAGCUCAAGGAGUCCGAAGCGGUCAAGGAGCUGAUCCCGGUGGUCAAAGCGUCGUACAAGGCCCUCUCGCUCACGCCGGCUCAUGCAGCGGAGGACGGGGACGUGCUCAAGCAGCUGUCGAGCGAGGAGCUGGCCAAGGUGGCCAAGAUCUUUUCGCUCGCCACGUGGGGUGGGGCUGGAAUGGUGCGUCGACGUCUGGAUGCGCACAUGGCGUACCUGCGCGAGGACGAUGCACUGAUGGCCAUCGACACGGGCGCGGGCGCCAUCCCGCAGCACGCGGAUGCGCUGGCCAAGGCGUGUGGCGAGCGCGGUCUGCGAUGCUCGGGAAUCGAGCACCUCGACAUGUUUGAAUCGCUCCGCACGUGGUUGCGCUACACGACACGACACCCUUCGACACGCCAGAUCUCGAAUGCGUCCGUGGCUCUGCUGCCGCUGCAGAUGUACGACGCCUCGGCGCUGAGCGAGGUCAAGAGCUCGUUGGAGGCCGAAAGCGCACGGGGCCUGAUCGACAAGACCAAGGAUGUGCUGAGAGAGGUGGUCGAGGAGGAGAAGAAGGUCAUCCAGAGAGACGAGAGGUCCAAGCAGGAGUCCAUUAGCAAGCAGCAUCAACGCUGA